CCCCGCCCCUGCGCGGCUGAAGCUGUCCGGGCUGGGCUGUGGCCGCGAGGGGUGGCGGGGGGCAGGGCGUGGUCAGGUAAGGUGCGUGCACCAGCGGGGCUCCCCGCAGCCAUGGCCUGUUCCAUUGUCCAGUUCUGCCACUUCCAGGACCUCCAGGCCGCCCGCGACUUCCUCUUCCCUCACCUGCGGGAGGAGACCUCCAUCGGCGCCCUGCGGAGGGACCCCAGUAAAUCAACGAACUGGGAAGAUGAUGGUUGGGGAGCAUGGGAAGAAACAGAACGCCAAGAGCCUGAAGAAGAAGGAAAUACUUGCAAAGCACAGAAAACUUCAUGGCUUCAAGACUGUGUUUUAUCCUUGUCUCCAACCAAUGAUCUUAUGGUCCUGGCUUGGGGGCAAAAAGCUGUAUUUCUAGUGCCAAAAUGGAAAUAUAGUGAUAAAGGAAAGGAAGAAAUGCAAUUUGCUGUUGGUUGGAGUGGCUCUUUAAAUGUUGAAGAAGGGGAAUGUGUAACCAGUGCUCUGUGCAUCCCACUGGCGAGCCAGAAGAGGAGUUCCACCGGGCGUCCCGACUGGACCUGCACUGUGCUGGGCUUCACCUCUGGUUCCGUGCGCUUCUACACGGAGAAUGGGGUGCUCUUGCUCGCACAACUUCUGAAUGAGGACCCGGUGCUGCAGCUGAAGUGCAGGACGUACGAAAUCCCCCGACACCCUGGCGUGACCGAGCAGAAUGAAGAGUUGAGUAUCUUAUAUCCAGCUGCCAUUGUGACUAUCGAUGGAUUUAGCCUUUUUCAGUCUCUUCGUGCCUGUCGAAAUCAAGUAGCAAAAGCUGCAGCAUCAGGCAAUGAGAACAUACAACCACCACCACUAGCUUAUAAGAAAUGGGGUCUACAAGACAUCGACACCAUUAUUGAUCAUGCUAGUAUUGGCAUUAUGACGCUGUCGCCUUUUGAUCAGAUGAAGACUGCCUCCAAUAUAGGCGGAUUUAAUGCAGCCAUUAAAAACAGCCCGCCUGCCAUGUCGCAGUAUAUCACUGUAGGGUCCAACCCGUUUACCGGCUUCUUCUACGCUUUGGAGGGAAGCACACAGCCGUUGUUGUCUCACGUGGCCCUGGCCGUCGCCAGCAAACUCACCUCCGCCUUGUUUAAUGCCGCCAGUGGUUGGCUUGGCUGGAAGAGCAAGCACGAGGAAGAAGCUGCCCCGAAGCAGAAGCCAAAGGUGGAACCGGCCACCCCGCUGGCUGUCAGAUUUGGGCUUCCAGAUUCUAGACGCCAUGGUGAAAGCAUAUGUGUGUCUCCAUGCAACACACUGGCGGCAGUAACGGAUGAUUUUGGCAGAGUUAUUUUAUUGGAUGUAGCCAGAGGAAUUGCAAUACGCAUGUGGAAAGGGUAUCGGGACGCCCAGAUUGGUUGGAUCCAAAUUGUAGAGGACCUCCACGAAAGGGUCCCAGAAAAGGCGGAUUCUUCCCCGUUUGGAAACGCUCAGGGUCCCAGUCGUGUCGCUCAGUUCCUGGUCAUCUACGCCCCGAGGCGGGGGAUUCUGGAAGUGUGGAGCACACAGCAGGGGCCCCGAGUGGGGGCCUUCAACGUGGGCAAGCACUGUAGGCUCCUGUAUCCUGGCUACAAAAUAAUGGGCUUGAAUAAUGUCACCAGUCAGAGUUGGCAGCCACAGACUUACCAGAUCUGCCUGGUCGAUCCCGUGUCUGCAAGUGUGAAAACGGUGACCGUCCCUUUCCACCUGGCCCUGAGCGACAAGAAGAGCGAACGUGCCAAGGACAUGCACCUGGUGAAGAAACUAGCCGACCUACUGAAAACAAAGUCCCCCAGCCUUGAUUUGGUUGAAACCGAAAUAAAGGAAGUAAUUCUCGAUAUUAAGUACCCCGCAACCAAAAAGCAGGCUUUGGAAAGCAUUUUGGCAAGUGAACGUUUACCAUUUUCCUGCCUUAGAGAUGUCACGCAGACUCUUGUGGACACUUUAAAAAAUCAAGAACUUGAGUCUGUUGACGAGGGGCUGCUGCAGUUUUGUGCCAAUAAACUGAAAUUGCUCCAUCUUUAUGAGUCUGUCAGUCAGUUCAACUCCCUCGGUCGUCAUUCGGACACAUCGCUCUCCGAUCAUGACUUGGCUGUCUUACUAAGGCUUGACGAAAACGAACUCCUUAAGCUCCAGACGUUGUUAGAGAAGUACAAGCAAGAGACUGCCAGGACUGGGGUUCGAUUUUCUGACGAUGCGGACGGCACGUGGCCUGUGAAGACAUUCCUGGAAUACUUAGAGUGUGAGAAGGACGUGAUCAGCGUGAAGAAGAUAAGUGAAGAGGAGUACGUGGCCUUAGGCAGUUUCUUCUUUUGGAAGUGUCUGCAAGGAGAAAGCUCCACUGAGGACAUGUGUCGCACUUUGGAGUCAGCUGGACUCAGCCCUCAGCUGCUGCUGUCUCUGCUCCUGAGUGUCUGGCUUUCUAAGGAAAAGGACAUUCUGGAGAAGCCACAGUCUGUCUGCUGUCUCCACAUGAUGCUGUCCCUCCUGAGCAGGAUGAAAGUGGCCCUCGACGACUCGUGGGACUCGCAGUCCGUGUCUCCUUGGUGGCAGCAGAUGCGUGCAGCUUGCAUCCAGUCGGAGAACAACGGGGCCGCCCUGCUGUCUGCGCACGUGGGGCACGCUGUCGCCGCGCAGAUGUCCACCGGCGGGACCGAGAGGAAGUGUUCCCCGACAGCGCCGGGCGCGGACGCCGAGGCCCUCACGGACUCCUGGGAGGCCCUCUCCCUGGACACCGAGUACUGGAAGCUCCUGCUCAAGCAGCUGGAGGACUGCCUCACGCUCCAGACGCUGCUCCACAGCAGGGCGGGCGCGCGCCCCUCCAGGGCGCCAGCGCUGCCCGCGGAGCCGCUGCCCCGGCUCUCCGUUAAGAAGCUGCUCGAAGGAGGCAAAGGUGGCAUCGCAGACAGCGUGGCCAAGUGGGUGUUUAAACAGGACUUGAGCCCGGAAGUGUUAAAGCUGGCUCACAAAGAAAGAGAUGCAGACAACCCAGACGAACCCAAAGAAGGUAUUCACAGAGGUUUACUUGAGGCGUCCGCGGCGGAUGUGGACUUGGGAGCCAUACCAGACCUGCUGCGGGCGGUCUACGAGCAGUUCCCGUGCAGCCUGGAGCUGGACGUGCUGCACACGCACUGCUGCUGGGAGUGCGUGGUCCAGUGGAACAAGGACCCGGAGGAAGCACGUUUUUUUGUUAGGUCUAUAGAACACUUGAAGCACAUUGGCAAUGCACAUAUUCAGAAUGGUGUUGCUCUGAUGAUGUGGAACACGUUCUUGGUUAAAAGGUUUUCUGCAGCUGCGUACUUGAUGGAUAAGGUUGGAAAAUCGCCGAAGGAUAGGCUAUGCCGAAGGGACGUGGGCAUGAGCGACACGGCGCUGACCUCCUUCCUCGGCUCCUGCCUGGAUCUGCUGCAGACGCUGAUGGAGGCAGACGUGAGCAGGGACGAGAUGCAGGAGCCAGUCCUGGACACCGAGGAUGCCUGGCUCGCGGCCGAGGGGCCCGUCUCCAUCGUGGAGCUGGCCCUCGAGCAGAAGCACAUCCACUACCCGCUGGUGGAGCACCACUCCGUCCUCUGCUCCAUCCUGUACGCGGUGAUGAGGUUUGCUCUGAAGGCAGUGAAGCCACUGUCGCUUUUUGAUAGUAAGGGGAAAAAUGCAUUUUUCAAAGACCUGACUUCAAUACAGUUACUGCCUAGUGGGGAAAUGGAUCCAAACUUUAUUUCAAUACGACAGCAGUUCUUACUGAAAGUUGUCAGUGCCGCUGUCCAGGCCCAACAUUCGGGUGCAAAGGACAAAGACACCUCAGAAGAGGCACCAGGCACUCCCUUUAGGAAAGACCAGGAUUGGCCAGCCCUCGCCGUGGACUUGGCCCAUCACCUCCAAGUCAGUGAAGAUGUCGUGCGGAGGCAUUACGUGGGGGAACUCUACAACUACGGAGCCGACCACCUGGGAGAGGAGGCCAUGCUCCAGGUUCACGACAAGGAGGUCCUCGCCUCCCAGCUGCUGGUGGUGACGGGGCAGAGGCUGGCGCACGCGCUGCUGCGCACGCAGACGAAGGAGGGCAUGGAGCUGCUGGCCGGGCUGCCGCCCACGCUGUGCACUUGGCUGAAAGCGAUGGACCCCCAGGAUCUUCAAAACACGGAAGUGCCCAUUGCAACAACAGCUAAACUGGUCCAUAGAGUAAUUGAGCUUUUGCCCGAAAACCACGGGCAGUACAGUUUAGCCUUACACCUCUUCGAAGCCGUGGAAGCCAUACCCCUCCCUCCCGCAGGGCCCUGCCUAUGACAGGCUCCCCCGCGUGCCUGGCACGCCGAUCAGCGCAUGGCGAUUUUACACAGCGGCGGCCGGGCUUCGUGGAGGAGGGUGUUUUUUUUUUUCCUUUUGUAAAAUGAAUUUAAAUAUAUAUUAUAUAUAACUUUUAAAAAGUACAGUCCUGGCUAAAUUCCACUCCUUUGGUAAAAUAUAAACAGAUAUCAAUUAUACUAUUAACUACUCAUACAGAUGUUUUACUGUUUAUUUCUAAUUCAAGCACUUAAGUAGCUUUAUUGUUGAAUUUUGCUAUUUAAAAUGGGUUAUAAUUUACAGAUUAUGUUCUUAUGAUGAGAUUCUAUAUUUCAUACUCAAAUGUUAUUGUUCUAAGGAAGUUUCGGUGUGGUCAUGUAAAUAGAGUCCCAUCGGUAAAGUCAGAGAAACAUCCCACUGUCCUGUGACAACUGUUGGGAGGAGGCUUUUGUCCCCGCUCACACCCCCGCUGGAUGGCCCCCCGGAGUGCUGGAGGCUGGCAGGCGCCUUUCCCAGAGGGCAUUCGGCCGCCAUCAGAGGACAGCGGCUGUGGGAAGGGAUAACGUGUUCAAGAUCGUCACAGUCAUCAGGAGGACAUGGAACAGGACCCUUGUCCUAGUACCAAAGCACCUGUCUGUACUUGCCAAAACUGCGAAUCUGAGAUGCGGGCAACACACCAAAAUUAAUUAUAAUACAAGGUAAGAUUUGCUUUUUGCCAAGAUUCAAAGUUCUCUCCACAUCAGGUAUGAAUUGUAAAAAUGUAUUAUCUUGUAAAACAUGUUUUAAAAAAGGGGCAAAGAUGCUAAAAAUUUAAGUCCUAACUUUAUUUUUAGAAACGUCUGCUUCUGAGAUUUGAUAAUGUUACGUAUCUGUUCUUGGGAACAGUAGAGAAAAUGCUUAGUGACAUCGCAGCUUUAGUAAACCUACCUCACAGCUGGGUGGAGAGGAUGAACUACAACUGACUUUAAUCCCUAUAGUGCCUAGCGCAGUCCAAGUGCUGGAUAAUUAUUUGAUUAAAACCGAAUUAACCAAAACUCUAAAAAGUGCUUUGAGCUCUACCAAUACCAAGUAUGUAUUAUGGUGUAUCUCUGGAAUGUAGCCAUACAGUGCAAUUACUGAUACCUGUCCUGGAUCACAGUUGUCAUUCAUAGUGAUCAUUGUGAUACAGAAGUUUGUUUCUUCACUCCCUUGUGAGAAGCCAACUCUAGCAAUUGUACAAAGUUCAGGAGACAGUGUCUGAGGAUAUCCCAAUGUGAAUUCUUUUUACCUAAAAGAUCACAUCCAAAUAAGAACUUCCCUGUCUAAAACUGAAUUAUUUUUUAAUUUAUAAUCUCGAAAAAUAAAUAUGUAGGAUGAUUGGAGUAUACAAGGUGCAGGCCUGUAAGUCUGACUGAGGUGCAUGCGUGCGGGCAGGCUCCAUGAAGGAUCUCACAGGCAGGUCCAGCCUCCGGGCCUCUGUCUGACUCCUCGCCCCACCCAGGCACAGACACGUGACCGCCUGUGAGCCUACGGAGCUUCCGACAGUCCCUUGUUAUAGACAUUUUCAAAGACUGGUUCUUUCUGUGACUUCCUAAAUAUUCUGGAAGUAAUUAUAAACUUUGGAAGCUGGUUUAAAAACAUAGAAUUCCAGGCGUUUUUAAAGAUUAAAUCUUCACUUUGAUUCCACAUCAUCUGGGGAAGGGGGCACCUAAUCAACAUUUCAGCUAAUGGAACUGGUUUAACACACAAUCAAAUGUGAGGAUUGUUGAGAAUAAGCAGAAAUACGGCAAAGAACCUAACAAAUCAUCAAGUCUCUAGCUGGACCAGUAAUCCUAGAAUUUACCACUCAUAGAAUUUUAAAAUUGAAUUCUGAGAUGUAGGGUUAAAAACAGUUAAAUAUUUCACUAUUUCAUCAAGGGCUUUUAAAAUAAACCUGUACAUUUGAUAGAAGAAAGACAAAUAAACAGCUCUGUGCAGGCCAGCCUCGCUUCACUGCACUUCAGAUGCCGAGCUUUUACAGGUGGAAGGCAAGACCACCAGCAGAGCGACGAGGACUGACCUUAGCUAGCGUGCUACUCACGUUACCGCGGCGGCCUGGGACGGACCCUGGAGGUCUGGCUCUGACCCGCGGUCGCCGAGGUCUGCCUGCCCUGCACCCGUUCCGUAUCUAGGAAGAGCCUCAAAUCCAGGAAUGAGGUUCGGUGUCGAGCGGUUGGUUCUGAAGCAAAGGGCCUGCUACACUUAGGGGCACUUACUGCUGGGAGGCCCACAGCUGGUAGCGAUUUCCUGGAUCCGCUCUCCCCCACACCGCUCAUCAUUAGCAUUUCAGAGGCCUGGGGUGCCUGUUACAUUCCAUCGUCUAACGGAAGGAGAACGCACGUUCACAUAGACACACUUUCAACAUUGCAGGUUGUGUUUAGAUGUAGACUCCCAAGAGCCAGGAUAAACGUAGAUAAAGAGGAACGCAUCAGGCUUCUAAAUGCUCCCUACCUUUACAAGAAGGAAAAUAAAUGGAGAAAAAAGUAUUUCACCUCAGUUAUAAAAAUUCAUCUUAGGCCAAAGUAACCAUUGUUACAUUUAAAUUGCUUUGUUUAAGAAAAAAAUGAUUAAUUGCAAUUUAAAGUCACAGAAAUCUCAGAUUUAGUAACGCUAAGCUUACAUGGACUAUAACAUUCAGUUAGAUGUUGCUGUGCUUCAUUUAAUUUUUAAGAGACACACACUUUCAAAGUACUGAUAGCAAUAGGGAAAGCCCUCUCUCGCCCUGGCAGGAAUGGAUUUGUUGGACUUAUAAAAGUUUGAGUUCUGCUGAGUAGAAUUAGCUAUCCCUAGGAAGAUUUUGAUCCAAUACCGAGUUGUUUAUAAAAUCCUCUAUUAUCUAAUGUAAUGUACUGUAAGUAGUGAAAUUCUGUAUAUACUGAUGUUUUCUGUGUCUGUUCAUUGUUGUGAAUUUAUGUAUAUUAGUGGAAUAAAUUUUCAGCUUUCAUCUUG